CGUUAAACGUCUACGUCUACCGUCGGUCCAACGGUCCAAACUCUUCGUCAGGCUUUUCCUCAUCUGCGCGCGCGCCAGCGACAUCGAGAGAUGCUAGCGGUUCACGUCGCGCGAGAAGUUUAGUCAACGGUUGCCGUCACUGAGAGCUCGAAAAAAGUAGUUAAGAACAGCCUCCAAGUUCCUCCGGCGAACUUUCUGAAUGAAGCGGUGAGAGGGAGGACGAGUCUGAGGAGCGCAGCGCGCGGAGAAAGUAACGCUAGCGCGGUUCUCCGUCAGGCUAAAGUUUGGACUUGGUUCUUCAUGGAUUCCUCGCGAGUCGAGCUCUGGAGGAUGCGUGUCCUGUGCUCUCUGGACCGAGCUAGCGUUAGUUUCCUCUGAAGACUGAAGAAUUCGAGUCGUGUUUUGGGAGAAGACUUCAGUUGGGCGACCGAACCAGCGCUGACAUUGUCGAGAAUUGGCCAGAAUGGAGACCAGCGCUUCCACAGCCGCUGAGAAGAAGGAGUGUAAAACAGCCAGCCUGGAUGCCAGUGGCUUCAGCGAGCUGCCCAAAAAGCCCUCACCUACGCUCCUGACCAGAGGCCCUCACCACAUCUUCCCAACUUUCCACACUCCGAUCCCCAUUGACAUGCGUCACCAUGAAGGUAGAUACCACUACGAACCUCACGCUCUUCACGCCCUGCAUGGACCACCAGGAUUAGCGGGCAGCCCGGUCAUCUCUGAUAUCUCACUUAUCCGGCUCUCUCCAGGCGGGACGGGUGAGUCACCCUUCAGCCCGCCACACCCAUACGUCACCCCCCACGUGGAGCACUACCUGCGAUCAGUCCAUGGCAGCCCCACGCUCUCCAUGAUCUCAGCUGCCCGCGGCCUCAGCCCUGCAGACGUAGCCCAUGAGCACCUGAAGGAGCGUGGCCUGUUCAGCCUGCCCCCGCCCCCUCCCGGAGCCAGCUCAGCCGACUAUUACCACCACCUGAUGGCGAGCCACAGGAGCCCAUACGGAGAGCUGCUUAUGCAGGGGGCCGGAGCCUCCGCUGCCGCUGCCGCUGCCGCUGCUGCUGCCCACUUGCCAGACUACAUCAGCCCUAUGGAUGUGUCAAGGUUCCCAAGUCCUCGCCUGACACCCAGACUGAGUCGGAAGAGAGCGCUUUCAAUAUCUCCUCUCUCGGACGCCAGUAUUGACCUGCAGACCAUGAUCCGCACCUCGCCCAACUCGCUGGUGGCCUACAUCAACAACUCACGCUCCAGCUCUGCUGCCAGCAGCUCAUAUGGUCACCUGUCUGUUGGGGGCAUCAGCCCCUCUUUUCCUUUCCAUCACUCUAUCAACCCGGUGGCGUAUCAGCAGUUGCUGUCGCAGCAGAGAGGCCUGAGUGCAUUCGGACAUACACCCCCCCUCAUCCAGCCCUCGCCCACCUUCUCAUCCAGACAGCACCCACUGGGCGUCAGCGCCCUGCCCAUAGCUACACACACCGACAACGAGACCAAGAACACGAGUGGCGACUCGGCGGUCAGCAGCACAGUGAACCCACUGAACAUCAAAAGGUCAAAGGUGAAGAUGGAGGUGGAGGGCCCACGGCCAGCCUCGCCCUGCUCUCCGGACCCUUCAGGACCAUUGGACCCCAAAGAGGAGCUGGACAGAGAAGAGGGGAAGCAAGAGCCCGAAGUGGUAUACGAAACCAACUGCCACUGGGAGGGCUGCUCCAAGGAGUACGAUACACAAGAGCAGCUGGUUCAUCACAUCAAUAACGAGCACAUCCACGGGGAGAAGAAGGAGUUCGUGUGUCGCUGGGAGGAGUGCUCCAGGGAGCAGAAGCCCUUCAAGGCCCAGUACAUGCUGGUGGUACACAUGCGCAGACACACAGGGGAGAAGCCACACAAGUGCACUUUUGAGGGCUGCUCAAAGGCGUAUUCCCGUUUGGAGAACCUGAAGACACACCUUCGCUCACACACCGGAGAGAAACCAUACGUGUGUGAGCAUGAAGGCUGCAACAAAGCCUUCUCCAAUGCCUCGGACCGGGCCAAACACCAGAAUCGCACACAUUCCAAUGAGAAACCCUAUGUGUGCAAGAUCCCUGGCUGCACCAAGCGCUACACGGACCCCAGCUCGCUCCGCAAACACGUUAAAACUGUUCAUGGGCCCGAGGCGCACGUCACCAAGAAGCAGCGGAGUGACCUGGCCCCCCGGCCUCAGCCUCCACCGGCCCGAGAGAAUGGAGAAAAUGAGGUGGGGACCAAGCACCCAGGACGGGGAACACAAGACAAGUUUGAGGCCAACAGUACCACCAGAGGCGUAGAGGACUACCUGCAGGUCAAGUCUAUAAAGACAGAGAACUCUGUGAUGUAUCAGUCCAGCCCUGGUGGUCAGUCAUCAUGUAGCAGCCAGCCGUCACCGCUUGGCAGUGCCUCCCACCAUGACGGUGGAGUAGAGUUGGCAGGCCCUGGCGGGGGCAGCCUGGGUGACCUGAGCGUGCUGGACGACAUGCCCCCAGUGGACUCCACUGUCUCCACGGGCACACUGGGUCUCCACCUGCGCAGGAGCGCCAGCCCAGCACGCAGGCUCAGCCACCUGAAGGAGGAGAAGCUGAAGACAGUGAGGAACUCGUGCUUCUGGGCAAACGUCGCUCCGCAAGCCCUCAACAACAAGCUGCCACCCAUCCCUGUCAGCGGUUCCUUACUGGUGAGCUCUGGGGGUGUCAGUGAUCCUCCUGGACCGAUCACUGGCCUACGCCUAAAUGAGCUUUGUCCUGGUGAAACAACGGUCCUGAGUCAACUAGUUGAGCGUCGGGACAGCCUAGCAAGCACCACAAGCUCAGCCUACACUCUGAGCCGCCGCUCCUCCGGAAUCUCACCCUGCUAUUCAAGCCGCCGUUCCAGCCAGGCCUCACAGCGCCUCAACAACGUCAGCUCUGCAGACUCAUACGACCCCAUCUCUACAGAUCUGUCACGCCGCUCCAGUGAGGCCAGCCAAUGCGGAGGCUUGCCUGGCCUGCUCAGUCUCACCCCUGCCCAGCACUACCGACUCAAAGCCAAGUACGCUGCAGCCACAGGGGGUGCCCCACCCACACCCCUGCCCAAUAUGGACCGCAUGAGCCUGAAGACACGGAUGGCCCUGCUAGGAGAUUCUCACGAGACUCCCAUGUACCCACUUGGCUUACAUGCCCAGGUGCCCAGGAGGUGCAGUGAUACAGGGUAUGCCACCACCACUGGUCUGAUGCCUCACGAGGUUCCAGGCAGCACUGCACGUCGCGCAAGUGACCCAGUUAGACGGGUGGGUAUGGAUCAUCAACAGCACCUCCAGCAGCCACAGCAUUACAACAGCAUGAGCAGCAUGAACCCUCAGGUGUCCCCGCACCUACCUGUCUCCAGCCGCCACCUGGCAUUGCAGAACUAUACUCGAUCUGAUAGUAGCCUGCACAAUACCCUCCCAUAUCCACCACGCCCUCCCAGCAUCUCAGAGAAUGUUGCUAUGGCAACUGACAUGGAUGUUCAGAAUGUUGGGACUGAUGAUGACAUGGUGCUGCCAGAUGAUUUGGUUCAGUACCUCGCUUCCAAUGGAGAUUCCAUUCAACACGCUGGACCUGGACACCGGCACCAGCAGACGCAGAGUUUCCUUGGCAACGGUCCCCCUCCACAACAGCCAUGUUACUACCAGAGACGCAUGGCCGUUGUGGACAGUAAUAUAAAUGGCUUAACUCGGCAGACCUCAGCUUCCUGCCAGAUGAGUCCCACGCAACAGCGCUCUUUCCCUUCCUCUCCUAGUGCCAGCAAGAGCCACAUGCCCGUGCAGUGGAACGAGGUCAGCUCAGGGACAGUGGAGGCAUCUCCAAGCCAAACCAAGCAGCAGCAAGCACUGGGAUGGGGGAACAUUACUACACUCCAGCAAAAACAGAACUUUGGCCCCUUACAGAACCACAAGUCCAACCAGCAAGUGGGACCCAUGAGUCAAAACCUUGCACAUGCAGCUCAACAGAGUUCUAUGCAGAGGAAUGAGUUUAUGGCCCAGAAAAUGAACAGUAGCCAAACUCCAAGGCAGCAAGCCAACAAGAGCCACCACAAUGAACAUAUGUCCGUUCAGCACAGCUCCCAUCAAGGCCUUGACACUGGUUGUAACCUGAAUAGAUGUGACAGCCAAGAUCCCUCUUGUGGUAACAUGACAGGAAGCCAUGUAGAUUUAUUGUCUCCAUCAAGAAAAACAGUGCAGCCCCUGCAUGUGCAGAAUAACAGGGUAAGAACUAAGCCAGCGUCCACUCAAAGCCAUGUCACUUUUGAGAGUAAUCAGGGAGAUUACUCCCAUAUGAGCAGGAAUCAGCAGAGCUACAGUGCUUCGUCCCAGAAUCCUGUUCUGAACGGAAACCAGGGCUUGCUGCAGCCCAGGCCGCCCACAGAACCCAAACCCUACAGCAGGCAGUGCUCGGGGCCAAGCACAACAACAGCACAGCAAACCACCUACCCACAAACCAACUUCAGCCCAGCAUACAACAGCUCUGAGGCCAGCCCCAAAAAGCCUGUAGACUUGGGCAUUAAUGGCUCCAACAGCAGCACCAUGUUCUACACGGGGCAGAUCCGAAUGUUUGAGUCCAGCAGUCUGAGCUUACCUGGCACGGCAGAAGUAGUGCACUGUGGAAUAGAUACCGUAACCAUGGCUACUGUGGGCUCUCCAGGAACCAAUCAGGUCUCAAGCACAGUGGACUCCUCCAACGGGGUGGAGCAGCCGCAAAUCGACUUCGACACCAUGCUGGACGAUGGUGACCACUCCAGCCUUAUGUCAGGAACUAUAAGUCCCAGCAUCCUCCGCAGCCUCUCCCAGAACUCCUCCCGCCUCACCACGCCCCGCAACUCAGUGACUAUGCCUCCGGUGUCCGCGGGAAUCGGCAACAUGGCCAUUGGAGACAUGAACUCCAUGCUGACUGCGUUGGCAGAAGAGAGCAAGUUUCUUAACAUGAUGUCUUAAAAAGUUCAACAAGAAGUAAAAUGUGAUGAAUAAAGAAUGUGGUAUGUUAUCUGAACAGAAAUCUCACAGCAUAUGCUUUUUUACCGUAUUGUCAUGUAUAGCAUUAGUCCAGAGACUUUGUGGUAGAUUUAUCUGUUAAAAUAAGCCAUAUUUUGCCUUAGACCAGUAUAUGUACUGUAAAUAU